AUCGCUAGUUAUCUAGAAACGUGAGGAGGGGCCUGUGGCUGCCCCUUCGGACCAGGUGAAUUCAUUCCUCCUUGAGUGGAGUUUUAACUGGUCUGGUAAGUUGCUUGCUGGAGAAGUUGGCGACUUGGCAUCAUGCUUGGGACUGGAGUGCUUGUCCCUCCAGCCUGGCUUCUGUUCCCUCAUCAGCCUUAACCCCCUCUCUUCUUUGGCCUCCUCCUUUUCCUGCUCAUUUCUCUUCUGCAGGAACAGAGAGGUUGGCUGGAAGUGAAGGUUCUAGAAUCCCCCUCUUCCUGGGUUUUGGGAAACCAUAGUUGGUGUUUGCUCCUCUUCGUGUCUCCCUGUGACAAAGGCAAAAGGACCAACACCCAGAGCGCCAGAGGGGAGGGGUAAUGGGGCCACCAUCUAGCCUGUACCCUGCGUUCUGGGACUACACACCCUGCUCCCUGCCAGGCAUUGGACCGGGCCUCUGAGGGGUUUUGGCAGCAAAAAAAAAAAGCAUGAUUUAUUACUAUCUCCCUCUGUAUUUCUUUAGAACUUUACAUUUUUCGUAGCGCCUUUGCGUCUGUUAAUCAUGCCAUACAACGCUAUGACCCAAGCCCCAGUGUUCGUCCUUGAUUUCAGCAGAUGAGGAAUGGGAAGCCGGGACAUGCUGAAUGCUUUACCUAAGGUCACUCCCCGACGGUCUGUGAGGCUUCAGUGCUUAUCCGGGGAGGCCACCGGAGUAGCAGCAGCUUACUGGAGUCGGGGUUGCUUUUGGGUCCGAGUUUUGCAGCUACUAACUGUGAGACCCUGGGCGAGUCACUUGACAUCUCUGGGCUUCCGUUUUCUUACCUGUGAAAGAAGGAAUGGUACAAAUAAUAUCCAUCUCUGAGAUGGCAUGAUGAUUAAGUAAAGUACUGCCUAGGAUGGCACUUUGUAACGCGUAAAGUUCUGUAUAUAAUAGGAAUUCCUAUCAGCAUUACGGAACCCUGGGGAUGGGGUGCAUAGACCCAAGGAACUUGGAACCCUGUGGGUGGAGUUCUUCCUGCAUGCUCUUUCACACUAACAUCCCUGCUUCCCUUCCUCUCCCCUCCCCCACGCAGGUUUUGGCAACUCUGCCGAACUGGCGUUUGCUGUGGAGCCAAGUGAUGAUGUUGCAGUCCCUGGGCAGCCUAUGGUGCUGGACUGCAGGGUGGAGGGGACCCCUCCAGUGCAAAUCACCUGGAGGAAGAAUGGGGUAGAGCUGCCGGAGAGCACCCACUCCACCUUGCUGGCCAAUGGGUCCUUGAUGAUCCGUCACUUCAGGCUGCAGCGAGGAGGCAGCCCUUCGGAUGAGGGUGACUAUGAGUGUGUGGCCCAGAACCGCUUUGGGCUGGUGGUCAGCCGGAAGGCUCGCAUCCAGGCUGCAACCAUGUCGGACUUCCACAUACAUCCCCAGGCCACCGUGGGCGAGGAGGGCGGUGUGGCCCGCUUCCAGUGCCAAAUCCAUGGACUUCCCAAACCCCUGAUCACAUGGGAGAAGAACAGAGUCCCCAUUGACACGGACAAUGAGAGGUACACGUUGCUGCCCAAGGGGGUCCUGCAGAUCACAGGGCUUCGGGCUGAGGACAGUGGCGUCUUCCACUGUGUGGCCUCGAACAUUGCCAGUAUCCGGAUCAGCCACGGGGCCAGGCUUACCGUGUCAGGCUCGGGCUCUGGGGCCUACAAGGAGCCAGCCAUCCUCGUGGGUCCUGAGAACCUCACCCUGACGGUGCACCAGACUGCGGUGCUUGAGUGUGUCGCCACGGGCAACCCUCGCCCCAUUGUGUCCUGGAGCCGCCUGGAUGGCCGCCCUAUCGGGGUGGAGGGCAUCCAGGUGCUGGGCACGGGAAACCUCAUCAUCUCAGACGUGACGGUCCAGCACUCCGGUGUCUAUGUCUGUGCGGCCAACAGACCUGGCACCCGCGUGAGGAGAACGGCACAGGGCCGGUUGGUGGUACAAGCCCCAGCUGAGUUCGUGCAGCACCCCCAGUCCAUCUCCAGGCCAGCUGGGACCACAGCCAUGUUCACCUGCCAAGCCCAGGGUGAGCCACCACCUCACGUCACAUGGUUGAAGAACGGACAGGUGCUAGAGCCAGGAGGCCACGUGAGGCUCAAGAAUAACAACAGCACACUGACCAUUUCUGGAAUCGGUCCUGAAGAUGAGGCCAUCUACCAGUGUGUGGCUGAGAACAGUGCGGGCUCAUCGCAGGCCAGUGCCAGGCUGACCGUACUGUGGGCUGAGGGGCUGCCGGGGCCUCCCCGCAAUGUGCGGGCGGUCUCUGUGUCGUCCACUGAGGUGCGCGUGUCCUGGAGUGAGCCGCUGGCCAACACCAAGGAGAUCAUCGGCUACGUCCUGCACAUCAGGAAGGCUGCUGACCCGCCAGAGCUGGAGUAUCAGGAAGCCGUCAGCAAAAGCACCUUUCAGCACCUGGUCAGCGACCUGGAGCCCUCCACCGCCUACAGCUUCUACAUCAAGGCCUACACACCAAGGGGGGCCAGCUCAGCCUCCGCGCCCACCCUAGCUAGCACCCUGGGUGAAGCCCCUGCCCCGCCCCCGUUGUCAGUACGGGUCCUGGGCAGCUCCUCCCUGCAGCUGCUGUGGGAGCCUUGGCCCCGGCUGGCUCAGCACGAGGGAGGCUUCAAGCUGUUUUACCGCCCAGCCAGCAAGACUGUCUUCACCGGCCCCAUCCUGCUUCCUGGGACUGUCUCCUCCUACAACCUCAGCCGGCUGGACCCCACUGCAGUAUAUGAGGUGAAGCUGCUCGCCUACAAUCAGCAUGGUGAUGGCAACGCCACAGUCCGACUUGUGUCUUUGAGGGGAGCAUCUGAGAGGACAGCCUUGAGCCCACCAUGUGACUGCCGGAAGGACGAGGCCACCAACCAGACGUCCACCACGGGCAUCGUCAUUGGCAUCCACAUCGGGGUCACCUGCAUCAUCUUCUGUGUCCUCUUCCUCCUGUUCGGCCAAAGGGGCAGGGUCCUCUUGUGUAAGGAUGUGGAAAACCAGCUGUCCCCGCCUCAGGGUCCUCGGAGCCAGAGGGACCCUGGCAUCCUGGCCCUAAAUGCGGUGAGGUGGGGAGAACGGGGCCAGCUGGGCCGAGAUGAGAAACGUGUGGAUAUGAAGGAGCUGGAGCAGCUGUUCCCCCCGGCCAGGGCCGCAGGGCAGCCGGACCCCAGAUCCACACAGGAUGCUGCAGCCCCCGCCUCGUGUGAGGAGACCCAACUCUCCAUGCUGCCACUUCAGGGGUGCAGCCUGAUGGAGGGGAGGACCACGGAGGCCACGGCCCCCUGCUCACGCCUGGCAGCUGCCCCGCCACCCCCAGAUGGAGGCCCCGGCCUCCUCAGUGAAGGCCAGGCUGCCAGGCCUGCGGUGGCCCCCAUUACCCAGCCAGCUUGCUCGGGACACUAGCCAGUGUCUGGCAGGCUCCGGAGGUGGUGGCAGGGGGCAGGGGGCCCAUUCUCAGGUCAAAAGCAAGAUUUCUGCCGUCAUGUGGGAUUUGGAGGGUCCUGGGGGCUCCCCAGCAUUUCUGUCCUGAUUGCCUCCUGGGUUGUGAAAACCCAAGGCAGCCUCGGCAGGGACCCACCCCCCAGCACCCCUCAGGAGCUGGGGCGGUUCCUGCAGAAGCCCGUUCCCUCCCUGGGCUGAUGCUCACUCACAUCUGCCUGGUACCCACAUGACUUGGAACUGAACUAACAUUUUCCUUUAAAAAGCAAAACUUAAAAAAAAAAAAAGGAGAGAGGAAGGCGAAUUAGACUCCAAAAGAUGACCCUGCUGCAGCCGGGCCCCAACGCUGUCACCCUCACCGAUUGUGUUUUCUCAGGAUGGAUUUUUGCUGUUUUGGCUCUCAGCACCUACCUCAGCCGGAAUGAAUGUCCUGGGGGCAGUGGGGCGGUGGCCUCAGCCCCCUUACCCCACAGAGCCCGAAUAUACUCCUACCUCAAGCCCACUUGACGGGCACCCCCUCUCCCUUCCCCAACUGUUGUCCAGAGUUUAAAAGAAAAAAAAAAAAAAAAAAGCACUUCCCCAUUCCAGGUGUGAAAGAAAAUGUCUACCUCAAGGCUCGCUGGCUCUGCGGGCUGUGUUAUCACUGGACCUGCCUCCCCACCCCGCCUGCCCACGGCCCCCCUGCCUCUCCUGCAGAGGGGAGGCCACCAAGGGGAACUCUUGGGGCCUACAGAAAUAGAAAUGGAUUGGGCGGAGAGAAAAUGUGAAAGAAGCCAAAAAUGAGACGAGAUUUGUUCCUUGAAGUACACUUGUCCAAACGAGCCACCUCUUGGCACACCGCCUGCCCUCGUCUGGCCUGUCCACUCCCAGUUUGAGCCGGCCCGUCCUUGAUGGGGAUGCCCGUGAGGCACCUGGGCUUGGGAGGGCGGCAUGGUCUGGCUGCCUGCCUCCUGCCCUGCAGGCCAGGCCCCUGGAAUGUACCACGCGUGGGAUGGCGUGUGGGAGGGUGAGGGGGUGUGGGUGAUCCCCGAAGAGGCGCCCCAGCCUCGGGACACCCAGCCAGCCUGACCCGCCCCUCCACAGGCAGCACCCAGCAGCCGCGGCGGAAGCUAUUUUUAUACAAUGUGUGUUAAGGGUUAUAUGUUCUUGUGGAUUUGUUUCUCUUUUCUGUUGUGUUGUUCUUUGAACUACUUAGUUGAAGAAGAAAAGAAAACCAAGGAAACAAAUACCUAUUUUUGGUUACACUCAGAAACAUUUUUUUAAAUAGCCGAAGAAAAAUGUUUUUUUAAAGAAAAAGAUAAGUGUAUUCCUUAAGAAUGAGAUUAGACCAUACAAAUCCCUGACCCCCAGCCCUCUGGGGACAUCUCCACCCUGAACUUUAGUUAAUUAGCUGAAGAAGAUAGCAGUUGUGGUGUUUUCCUAGAAAAGAGCUGUGUCCUCGUGGACUCGGGGAAGGGUCGUCCCUUCCCUCCUCCCAAACCACGUGUGGAUGCCCAGGGCGCCACAGCGCUCCGAGGCAGUGCCCCCUCUGUUUCCAAAGCAGCUUCCCUCUUCCCUCAGGAAGGGUGGGCCGGGGCAGGAGGGGGCUGGGGCCACCUGGCCUGACUUGGGUUUUGUCACACUCUGCUCAUUUUGACUGAAUAAAAGUCCUGUUGCCAAAGUGAA